CGCUCAGCUAUAAAGCUCCAAUUGGGGCCCAGAAAACGAUCAUCAACUCACCAAAGAAUAUUUCUCUAUUCCAAAACACUUUUAACUCAUCUCAAACUUCAUUUUCAUCUCAUCAACAUGUCCAUUCCCGAGACUCAAUGGGCGCAGGUGGCCGAAAAGAUCGGAGGGCCACUUGUCCUCAAACAAAUUCCCGUUCCUAAGCCAGGUCCUGAUCAGAUUCUGGUAAAAAUUCGCUACUCAGGCGUUUGCCACACCGACUACCAUGCGAUGAUGGGCCACUGGCCCAUCCCAGUCAAGAUGCCUCUGGUCGGUGGCCACGAAGGAGCUGGAGUGGUCGUGGCCAAGGGUGAUCUCGUGAGCACCUUUGAGAUCGGUGACCACGCGGGAAUUAAGUGGAUCAACGGCUCGUGCUCUGAGUGUGAAUUCUGCAGACAAUCCGAUACCCCUCUGUGCGCUCAUGCGCAACUUUCUGGGUACACUGUCGAUGGUACCUUCCAGCAAUAUGCGGUCGGGAAGGCCACCCAUGCUGCUAAGAUCCCUAAGGGUGUCCCUCUUGAUGCAGCAGCCCCAGUGCUCUGUGCCGGUAUUACUGUGUACAAAGGUUUGAAGGAAUCCGGUGUUCGUCCUGGCCAGACAGUUGCUAUUGUUGGAGCAGGCGGUGGCCUUGGGUCACUUGCACAGCAAUACGCAAAGGCCAUGGGUCUUAGAGUAGUCGCUAUUGAUGGAGGCGACGAGAAGAGAGAGAUGUGCGAGUCGCUUGGCACUGAGACCUUUGUCGACUUUACUAAGUCCAAGGACCUUGUUGCCGACGUGAAAGCGGCAACCCCUGAUGGUCUUGGUGCUCAUGCGGUUAUCUUGUUGGCUGUCUCCGAGAAGCCUUUCCAACAAGCCUCAGAAUACGUUCGCUCUCGAGGCACAAUUGUUGCGAUUGGAUUGCCCCCAGAUGCAUUCCUCAAGGCCCCGGUGAUUAGUACUGUCGUUCGUAUGAUCACUAUAAAGGGAAGCUACGUUGGAAAUCAACAGGAUGGCGUUGAAGCUCUCGACUUCUUCGCCCGAGGCUUGAUAAAAGCUCCAUUCAAGCUGGCGCCUCUGAAGGAUCUCCCCAAGAUCUUCGAGCUUAUGGAACAAGGCAAGAUUGCCGGCCGCUAUGUGCUCGAGUUGCCGGAGUAAAUGGUGGUUGACCAUUGAUAAAUCAUGCUAUGGACACAUAUUAAGGACUAGGAGAGUGCUGUAUAUAGGUGUGGAUACUUGCGUGCGAGUUUAUGUGAUAUAUAAAUUGAGAUGCUGAAUUUGACUGACUAUCAACGA